AAACAAGACAUCAAUAGUUUUUUUGGGUUGUUCUUCCGCUUUCUCACGCAGUUCGAGUUCGGCGCCCUCCGACCCGUAGCGCGAGCGAGGAAGAGGCGAGUAGAAGAUGCAGAUCUUCGUGAAGACCCUGACGGGGAAGACCAUCACCCUCGAGGUGGAGAGCAGCGACACCAUCGACAACGUCAAGGCCAAAAUCCAGGACAAGGAAGGGAUCCCUCCGGAUCAACAGCGCCUGAUAUUUGCCGGCAAGCAGCUGGAGGAUGGACGCACACUGGCUGACUACAACAUUCAGAAGGAGUCAACUCUUCACUUGGUCCUCAGGCUCAGGGGUGGCACUAUGAUCAAGGUCAAGACUCUCACUGGGAAAGAGAUUGAGAUCGACAUCGAACCCACUGACACGAUCGACAGGAUCAAGGAGCGCGUUGAAGAGAAAGAAGGCAUUCCUCCCGUGCAGCAGAGACUCAUCUAUGCUGGUAAGCAGCUUGCUGAUGACAAGACUGCAAAGGACUACAACAUCGAAGGUGGCUCUGUCCUCCAUCUUGUGCUUGCUCUGAGGGGUGGUUACUAGAGUUCAUGAACUAGUCAGAUGAACGGAUGAACCAGUUAAGGUCCGAUUUGUGCAGACCUGGUGGUGUGGAACUUACAAAGAGAUAAUAACAUACCAGCUUUGCGCCUUUGCCCAAUGGAAGGGGUUGUCUUCCAUGUAUAAUCUGAUACAUGAUUUAACGUGAUUGUUCCAGGUUUAUCUGCCUCAGCUUUUACUAA